GUCACGGAAAAACAUGGCGAUUGGCCAGUUCGCCAAUUGGCUAAGUCACCACGCAUUGGUGAAACGGUGAAUCCGCCAUUGCACGCGGCAUGCUUGAAAGCCUCUCGUGACAGCAAUUCAAUUUGCGAACUCGAUCGAGGUAGAAUCAUGUUGUCCUACUUUAUUUGAUAAACCAUCAGCUAUCCAAAUAUAACGUGCACAGAUGGGUGGGCGAAGUUUACGUGACUUGUCGAUGACACCUCGACAAGUCAACAACGAGCUUGUCGUGUUGAGAGAUCGAAGUUAUUGGCGAAAAAUAUUCGAAAACACUUGUUAACCAAGCUGCGUUAAAUUGUGUAAGUAAUUGUGGAAGUUAUGUAUUAAAGUUACACUCGGCGGAAAUUUCUUGUCACUAAUAUAGUACAUGCCGUUGCGCACUUCUAAUAUCUGCAAUUAUCGCGACGCGACCGGCUAAUGAUCGCAAUGCAAGUCGAAAUUCAUGUAAGACCGCGUGAGACCGAAAAAGACCGUACUCCGAGCAACGUACUGCAACGACGCUUUCUCCCGUUUGUUGAAAACUGACAUCAAUUCUCGUUUCCUGGACAUUCGCGGGAAUCUCGCAGAAUACUAAAAUGGGAGCGCGCUUGUUGUUAGAGACAGUUUGCUCUCUGGUCGCGAUCGCUAACGUGAACGUGCAAAGAGACGAGAGAAAAACAGAAAAACGGAUGAGAGGCGGAAAACAUGCAUGACGCCUGCGGGCGCAGUUGGGGAAAACGCGGGGCCUGUCUCGUGUACAUGUCGCUGCGCACGCAUCACGUUCCUUGCGUCAUUUCGCAAAGUUGCAUUAUAAAUAAUCGCCAUUCGCGCAAUGCCAUCCUACUUUUCUGCGCUUCUACUUCCAUUGCUAUUUCUAUCCUGAUAACACGACACGACGCGACGCGACAAAUUCGCGUCCCUCGCGUGCCAAGUGACACGCCAACAUGGCGGCCACGCCCGCCUCAGCGUCGUGCGUGUUCGAUGCGAUUGCGUGCGACCGUCGCGCGAAAAACGCGUGACGUCCCUAUGCAGACAUCGUCACGUCGAUCACGACGCCGACCGCGCGAAAAUCGCCGUUGGGGAACGUCAGCGUUUACCGACGACCCCGAGCAGAACAAGUAAAAUGACUGUACAAAGUUGCGGCAUGAGCGAAGUACACGUGCGAUAACACGAUAGGAGAAAGAAAGAGAGAGAGACAGAGAGAGAGAGAGAGAGAGAACUUCUUCGCGCACAAGUGUCGGAGAUGAAUCUCGCGUUUCGUUGAGGAAUUCUGAUCGCAGUAGGGCCGGUGUGAAGAACGACGUUUCGACGUUUCGACACUCAACGCGAUAACUUCUUAUGAUGUAUCGCCGUGUGCAAUGCAACGUAUGCAACGUGCAUAGAUAAGAUAGACAAUUAAGAUGCACGCGACGACAACAUAUCGCGAUAGCAACGUUUUAACUUGGCCAUGAAAGUUAGACAAUGACUAAUUGUUUUCCGCGAUAUCAUUCGUCAUGCUGCCGUGUACUUUCCAAAAUGCCUAUAAAUAUUCGACAGCUUGCCGGUAAACAGUGAUUGUCGAAUGCUUCGCGGCAAGUACGACGGUUGGCGGUAGAUCAGUAGUAGAUCAUAUCUUCGUACGUUCUUGUGAAUGUCCCGAGGGUACAAUGUCGUGGAUCAAGGAGCGCACCUUGCACUGGUUUCAAUUCUUCUGCUUGAAGAUUAUAAGGACUGGUUAUGUGCCGAGACAUGUGGCGUUCAUAAUGGAUGGUAAUAGACGUUAUGCAACCAAGAAAAAUGUAGCCAAAGUGGAGGGACAUAAGCACGGGUUUAGAAAAUUGACAGAGACGUUGAACUGGUGCAUGGAUCUUGGUGUUAACGAAGUGACGAUGUAUGCUUUCAGCAUAGAAAACUUUAAACGUAGCAAGGAAGAAGUUGAUGGACUUAUGCAACUUGCUAAGCAAAAGUUUGAGGCUCUCUUAGAGGACAAGGAUAAGUUUAUGGAGUAUGGAAUAUGUGUCCGUGUGAUCGGCAAUUUGUCACUGCUUGCAGAAGACUUGCGUAGAGCAAUUGCCCAAGUUAUGGUCAUGACUAAGGACAACAAUAAAGUAUUUCUGAAUAUUGCUUUUGCUUAUAAGUCAAGAGAUGAAAUUACCUAUGCAAUUAAGGAUGUUGUGAAAGGUGUGAAGCAUAAUGAGAUUUUGUCAGAAGAUAUUAGCGAAGAUCUGAUCUCUGAAUGUAUGUACACCUAUAAUUCUCCAAAUCCGGAUUUAUUGAUUCGUACCUCAGGAGAGACCAGAGUCAGUGACUUCCUCAUGUGGCAGAUCUCUGACACUUGUGUCUACUUUAGCAAUGUAUUGUGGCCAGAAUUCAGUGUGUGGCAUUUCCUCAGCGCCAUUUUCUAUUACCAGAGAUGUUAUCCCGACUUACAAAGAUUCGCUGAAAUGCAGAACUCGGGCCCGGUCGGGCACAACAAUAGAGUAUCUACAUAUGUUGACAAGUUGCAUCACGAACGUGAAGUUAUGCUUGAAAAUAUGUGCCUACCAGCAGUUCAAUCAUAAGAAAGAAAUAGACACUUGAGAUAGAAUGUUAUAUAUUCCUGUAAGUACAAGUAUCAAUCAAACAUAUACCGAGCAAAUGUUAUAUACAUAUAUAUUUUACUUCAAGUCAACUUGUCAGGAUAACAUAAUUUAUUGUUAUUAUCAAUGUAUAAAAUUCCUGGAUAUAUAAUUUAUGGAUAUAUUAUUAUGCACAUAGCGGAAAUCGAUCAAUGAUGUAUAUAUAUUUAUACAAUUCAAAAGUGUAUAGUUAUAUAAAAACUAGUCGAACAAUUAGGUAAAGUCAAUUGUGAAAAGAUUAAUGUUUAACAUUUAUAAAAGUAUUUUCUAUUCUGACAUGUUUAUAGAAUUACGAGCUCAGGGAAAUAAUUAUAAAUAAUCUUCCGUCUAUGUGCGAGAUCUAGGAAAAACAAGUAUGUAAUAUUUAAGAGUGUAAAAGUAAUGAAACAUAAAGACAUUAUAAAUCCGACGUUUCGAAGGAUGUUCGAGCAACGCAACAAUUGCGAACAUUUUUAAUUUGAACAUUUCUCUUUCAUAUUUUUGCUAACAUGACACAAGUAUGAGCAUGACAUGUAAAAUAGAUAUGUUCUUAUGAGUAAUUUAGAUAAUUGAAAGAGAUAAUAUACGUAAAUAUUAAGCGAUCGUUGAAUGAUAAUUACCGAUAAGAAAAUUACUUGUAUAUUGUAAAGGUUAUAUGGUAUUAACGAAAAAAUAUCGACAUUGUUACAACGGGAUAUUUGUUUUUUGAAAUAUCUCGAGCACAAUUGUAGAUAUACGUGAGAUUUGCUUCCAUAAUGUGCUGUAAUUAUGUAUUUUACCGUGCAUUUAUAAAUUUAUUCAUUGCUGUGUAUGUACAUUCCAUAUACCAAUUUUCCAAUUAUUCUUUACUUGAAGAAUUUUUUCUGCACACAUUAUAGAAAAUUGAUUAAAUUGUAAGAUAUGAUAAGGAGAACAUGAUGAUGUAUCAAAUAAAUAAUGUAUGUAACAUUAAAGUGUGGGGCUAUAAAGACAAAUAUAAAUAAAUAUAUAUGUAUAUA